CAGUCCCACUAGGGUUUUUAAGACUUGUACUACGCAACUCACACUUAUCUCUGCUGCUCCGACUAGGGUUUAUAGACCCCCACAAUUUUUGUCUCUGUUUCUCUCUCUCUAAGUUUAUUGUUGUUGUAAGAUCUAAUUAUGGAGUGAACCAAUAACUAGGGUUUCCUGGUUGCUUCUGAAACUCCAAAAGCUUCGAGCUUUUACAUCGCUAUGUAUCUGUAAAAACAUAUAUUGAACUAUAUAACAAUGGCGACCACAAACCUUUUUGAUCUUCUUGGCGACGAUGAAAACGACGACCCCAAUCAGCUCCUCCAGAAGCUCCCUCCCCCUCCGAAGAAAGCCCCAGCUCCGGCUCAGUCCGCCGCCGCUACUCAGCCGGCUAAGCUGCCCUCCAAGCCUCUCCCUCCAGCUCAGGCCGCGCAUUACCAUUGUGAAGGUCAUUGAGAAUGAGUGGUUUAAGAAGGGAUAUAAGCCUCGUAUUUUUGCAAACGAGGAUGUUAGUCUCGACGAUGUGGAUGCUAUUUUCAAUGAAUCAAGGGACACUCAAAACCUUCUCAUGGAAAGACAGGAAGAACAACCUGUGAAUCCUGUCUCUAUGAACGCUUUUGAAUACUUAUAUCUAAAUCUUAGGGUCUCAACCUCAGUUCUCUGUUUGAAAAGCAAAUGGUGAAACGAUGACAACCCUUCUCAGUGAUAAAUGUACUAAGUUAUUGUAUGAACAAUACAAAACUAGGUUAUUUGUAGCCACUGCAAGUACCAAAUGGCAGUGCUGCUCCAAAGUCACGCAUUCCUCAAAUGGUUGCUCAAACACUGGGUUUUGGCCAAAAACAUAAUGCAACUGUUGAUAUACCGUUGGAUUCAAUGAAUGAUCCUAAGAAAAAGGAGAAGGAAUUUUCAGCUUGGGAAGCGGAUCUAAAAAGGAGAGAACGUGUUUGUUUUGCCUUUCAUUAUUGAGAAUAUACUUGCAACUGUACCUCAUAAAUCUGUUUAUAUUUUCUUAUUUGUAAAUUACUUAUUUGACUGCCUUCAAAAUAACAACCAGAGUUCUUCA